AAUAACAAUACAAAAUUCAGUAGCAAAAUUUGGUUUUGUGCUGUUUGUAAAUUUGCGAUUGUUUCACUCGAAUAUUAUUUUAUUCUCUUCGCAUUUCUUUUCUCCAAUAUCCUCGGAAAAAGAAUCAAACAUCACUGUUCUCUCUCUACCACUAUCUAAGGUUUAAUUCGAUGUUACAUGAUCUUAUACUUCAGUUAAAUUCAACAAUGGCAUAUUCAGGAUCAAUUCGAUUGUCUCAUGACUUUAGGCAAUAUAUUAGUAAUGGAAGCUGUAGUUUUUGUCAUAAACCUAAUUCCGGUAAUCGAUUAUGUUUUGUUGCCUUCAAUCAUCAACGGCAUGGUUUGAGGGUUGAUUCUUCAGCACUCAUCUUUUCAAGAUUACAUGUCCAAGUUAAGCCUGUACCUUCUAGAUGUAAUGUUUUGUUGUGUCAGUCUGCCCUGGUACCGGCUGGAGGGUGUGAGGCUCCGCUGUUGAAAGUGGCUACUGUUUCUUUGGCAAGGUCAUGUAAUGCUAUAUCAGGAAGACCAAUUAUGCUUCAAUUAAUCCCCGCUCUUGGUAUAAUUGGCUUUGCUAUCUUUGGUCUUGAACCUCUCCUACGCCGUUGCAGGGCUCUUUUUCUCCAAGAAUGGAACGAUAAAAGUUGGAAGAAAAGUAUUUCACGUUAUAUAAUGACAUCUUAUUUCCAACCUUUGCUGCUGUGGACUGGGGUAAUGCUGCUCUGCAGGGGCUUAGAUCCACUAGUCGUACAAUCAAAAACCAGUCCGAUUUUAAAGCAACGGCUGCUGAAUUUUGUCAGAUCUUUUUCAACCGUGCUUACAUUUGCCUACUGUUCUUCAAGCUUUGUUCGACAAGCACAAAAUUUCUGUAUGGAGACAAAUGCCGACAACAAUGAAAGAAAAAUGAGCAUUGAUCUUAUUGGGAAAGCUGUAUAUACUGCAGUAUGGGUUGCUGCCGUAACAUUGUUCAUGGAGUUGUUGGGUCUCUCUGCACAGAAGUGGUUGGCUGCUGGUGGUAUGGGUACAGUACUGCUUUCACUUGCAGGCCGUGAGAUAUUCACGAACUUCCUUUCAAGUGUGAUGAUUCAUGCAACUCGGCCAUUUGUUGUGAAUGAGCGGAUUAAAACAAAGAUUAAAGGAUACGAAGUUUCUGGUAGAGUUGAGCAUGUAGGCUGGUGGUCACCAACAGUAGUUAGAGGUGCUGAUUGUGAAGCAGUUCACAUUCCUAAUCACAAGUUGAGUGUAAAUGUUGUGAGGAAUCUUAGUAAGAAAACUCAUUGGCGCAUCAAAACUCACCUUGCUAUCAGUCACUUGGAUGUCAACAAGAUUGAUACCAUCAUAGCUGAUAUGCGCAAGGUUUUGGCAAAAAAUCCUCUAGUAGAACAAAAAAAAUUGCACAGAAGGGUUUUCCUGGAGGAUGUCAAUCCAGAAAAUCAAGCUCUUAUGAUAUUAGUAUCUUGCUUUGUCAAAACUUCACAUUCUGAAGAGUACCUCCGUGUUAAGGAGGCCAUUCUCUUGGAUCUUCUUAGAGUCAUCAGUCAUCAUGGAGCUCGGCUAGCAACACCCAUCCGCACAAUUCAGAAGAUGUACAGUGAUUCUGAUUUAGAAAUUGAUCCAUUUGACGAUGCCAUUUUCACUCGUUCGAGAGCAAAGGGAAACCACCCUUUCCCAUUCACAAACUCACCUUAUAAAGCUAAGCCUUCAACUCAAUCAACUACUGUAAAUGAUGAGAAAGAUGUCAAGAUUCGUGAAACCUUGAUAACUGGUUUCAAAGAUGAAGGUGAAAAAAUUGCCGCAACAUGGACCCCCUCAUCCAGUGUAAAGUCCCAGGAUAAGUUAAAGUCAACAUCUAAAGCUAAGACCCGGAAUGUGGCUUCUGAAUCUUCUGAUAAUCCAGUUCAGAAGGCCUCUAAAUCAGAAACAUCACCCCAAAUUUUGUUAUCAUCUAACGAGUCUUCACCAUCAAAGAAAGAUGAAGAAAAAUGACCCAGCUGUCUUUUUUAGCUUGCAUUGUAUAAUUUGUAAUUUGUAUUAUCCCUAGCUGAUUAGCCAUUAAGGGCAGUCUAGUAUUAUCAAGUUUAUGUCAAGCUGGGUCUAUAGAAUGGUUCAGUUGGUUGCAGAUAUGCAACCUUGCAUAUAUAAAAGGUUGACUUUAGCACUAGAAUUAGAACUCAAACUGGUAGCCCUAAUUGAUUACCCACAUUAUGCACAUAAAUUAGGGAAUUUGUACCAUAAAUUAAAUUAUUUGUAUAACAUAACAAGUUAUCACCUGUUUAUGACACGCAUAAAACGUGACAACAUGCAUUUUAUUUGUUUA